AUGGCUGUGGACAGACUCGCUGCUGCGCCUCCGAGCGCCGGACCAUGGUCCAAGGUCAAUCCGCCGCUCACUCCCUGGGUGGCGGACGUGGUUAGGGACAUGGGCUUCGAGCAGAUGUAUCCGGUCCAGGCGAGCACGAUCCCGCUCUUCAUGCAGCACAAGGACGUCGUUGUGGAGGCUGUUACUGGUUCCGGCAAGACUCUCGCGUUCGUCAUCCCCGUGCUGGAGAAGCUGCUCAGGCGAGGUAAACCGCUGGGGAAGCGGGAAAUCGGGGCUAUCGUGAUUGCGCCGACUCGCGAACUCACCAUCCAGAUUCACUCCGUCUUCAGCCACUUCAUCGCCGCUCAGCCUCAGCCUUCCUCCGAACCCUCGACAUCGACGUCUCCUCCUUCGACUCCGCCUCUCGCUCCAGCCCUCCUUCUGAUCGGCGGCAACUCGCUCCAAGAUGACAAGAAGCAGUUUUUCGAGACGGGCGCGGACAUCCUGGUUGGAACGCCUGGACGGCUCGAGGAGUUCUUGCUGGGGAGCAGCAGUGUCGCGAUGAGCAAGAAGGGGAACAGCGCUUCGGGACGGCGAGGAUCGGGAAACGGCGUUGGAGACACCAAAUCUCUCGAGGUGCUCGUGAUGGACGAGGCGGACCGAUUGCUCGACCUCGGCUUCACUCCAACUCUGACCCGCCUUCUCGACCACUUUCCGAAGCAACGGCGGACAGGACUCUUCUCGGCCACCAUGUCGGACGCGCUCGGGCAGCUUGUUCGUGUCGGCUUGCGGAAUCCGGUUCGAGUGGUUGUCAAGGUCGAGUCGAAGGUUGGCAAGGGCAAGGCGGAGGGUCAGGACGGGCGGAACAUUCCUACACUGCUGCAAAACGGCUAUGUCGUCUGCUCGCCCUCCGAGCGGAUCGCCAUGCUCUUCCGCAUCCUCCGACAAGAAGCCUUUCCCUCCUCCGACUCUGACGAUGCAUCCGGCGCCCGCAAGUUCAUCGUCUACUUCUCCACCUGCGCCGCGGUCGACUACUUCUUCAAAGCGCUCUCGGCGCUCCCUUCCCUCUCCGAAUCCGGCUUCUCCCUCCACUCACUGCACGGCCAGCAAUCUCCCACUCGUCGCUCAUCAACCUACACAGCCUUCACCGCCCUCCCACCUACCACUCCCGGCGUCCUCCUCUGCACAGACGUCGCAGCGCGCGGACUCGACCUCCCCGACGUGGAUGUCGUCGUACAGGUUGAUCCGCCUGUUGAUCCGCGGGCGUUUGGGCAUAGGGUUGGGCGGACCGCCAGGGCGGGGAGGAGCGGGAAGGCGGUGGUGUUGCUCAACAAGGGGCGGGAGGAGGGAUAUGUCGACUUCCUCAACAUUCGCAAGAUCCCGCUACAGCGAUUCGAGUACCCUUCGCAGGGCGACUCGACGCUCGAGCAGGAGGCAGCGGCGGUGCGGGACGAGAUGCGCCAGGUGAUCCUGAAAGACCGGGACUUGCACGACCGUGGCAUCAAAGCUUUCGUCUCGUCCAUCCGCUCCUACUCGAAACACGAAGCCUCGUACCUCUUCCGGCUGCAAGACCUCGACCUCGUUGGACUCGCGCAAUCGUUUGCGCUCUUGCGCAUGCCGAAGGUGGCGGAGUUGAAGGGCAAGGAGAAGGAGAUUAGGGAGAGGUGGGAGGAUGUCGAGGUCGAUUGGGACUCCUAUGCGUACGCGGACAAGGUGCGGGAGAAGCAGCGCAAGGCGGAGCUCAAGGUGCAGCAGGAGAAGCGUCUCGAGCAGGAAUCGCGCAAGCGUGCGUUGGCCGAGUCGAACGCCGCUUCCGCCGUCGACGGUGAGUGCGACGAACCUGAAGCGAAGCGGCACAAGAAGGGCGAGAACAAGGACAAGAACCGCGCGUGGAGUGCGAAGGAGGAUGCGGAGGCGAAGAAGGCUGCGAGGCGGGCGAAGAGGGUCGCAAAGGCCAAGGCGAAGUAUGCGGCGCAGGCGGCGCAGCGGUAUGCGGCUGUCGAGGGCGAUGGAGCGGCGGGCGACGGGGGCGAGAGCGAGGCGGAGGACUGGAAGGAGGAGCUCGCGCGGGCCAAGAGGGAGAAGAAGAUGGCUGCUGCGCGGGGUGGCAAGAGCGAGAAGGGCGUCGCGCAGGCUGGCAGCGGUGGACUGGCGGGUGUAGCGUUUGAGGGGUUGGAUUGA